AUGACCGGCCUUAAGCGCAAGUUGGACCAAACUCAUGAAUUGGGCAGUGCAUCUGCAGUAGAUUCUUCUCAGGUAUCAUCUACUUCAUCCUCGAGCCGCGCGCGAGGUGGAAACCGUGGCGGCUCGCGAUCGCGAGCAAGAGGCAAAGCCCGUGCUCAUAUUGGCCGCUCAAAGUCAUUAAAUGGUAGUAGUCAUGAUGAACCUCUGCCUGUUCAAUCACCCUCGGAUCCGCAAACGCCACGCGCAAAAAGGGUCAGGAAGGCAAAGGAAGAGAUCGCACAUGAGAACGGCAUUGCGGAAGCGAACACACCGCGCCCAACACGCCAAUCUGCUAGGAUUCUUUCCAAGUUCCAUCAUAUGGAUUCAGUGCCUGAGGAGCCCGACGGCUCAGCUAUCCAGCAACCAAACUUCAAUGGGCCUCACGAGAUCCAUGUUGGUUCCGACGACGGGGAAGUGAAUGGGAAUGAUACUGCGUCUAAAUCGCCCAGUAUACGCACCAGGAAAUCAAUUUCUGAUUCGCAAUUAUUUUCGUUUAAAUCGACCUUGACUGACUCGUCUCGGCGCCGUCGGAGCUCUGGAUAUAAAACCGAGGUCGAAACUUCUUCCCCUGAGGCGGUCUCGAAGCCUAAAAGCAAGUCCGUAGACGGCGGCGCUGGAAAAAGGAAAAAUACAGCGACAAUACCAGAGACACCUACCAUUGGAUCUGCGACUAAGCGGGCCAGCCCUGUGACUACACGGAAGCGAAAUUCCACUAGCAAGACUACUGGGCCAGCAGAAACCCUAAACGCACGCACGAAAAAUUUCAAAAUAGAGAUGUCAACUUCUUCUGGUAAUGGGAUGCAGUCCCCAUCUGAGAGAAAUGGCGAUGAUAAAAAUGGCGAUGGUGACACAGACCUACCGGCCCCGGAAACCAGGCGCACGCGACCAGUUCCGCUUCUUAAGAUCCGCAAUGCGGAUUCGCCUGCUCAGUCAAUAGAGCUGGAAUCUCCUUUAGCAGCAAGGGAGGGCACCCCAACGGAGGUAUCAGGCUCCCGAGCUGCAACCCCGUCGGAAACUGCAGAGUUGUCUGCCAGCACACUGCCAAGUGUUUCGGGCAGAGGUCGUGGACGCGGCGGAUUUAGAGGAAGGGCAAGAGGGAGAGGAUGGGCUCGCGGUCGUGGGAGAGGUGGUCGGGGUCGGGGUGCUGGAAGAGGCGGCCGUGGAGGCCGACUGCAACCAAUCGAUCGUGAGAUAUCCGUAUCUCCCAGCCCGGUCAUCAAGCAACUGCGUGAGCGACAAAAGGAACUCGAUAGGGUGUUCCGUCGAGUCGCGUCGGCUCAGCGGACCGCGCUUACCGUCAUUGCGAAUCGAUCAGAAGCUAAACUCAUUAAAGAUGCCAAUGCACACACGACAGUCCCUGAAUAUAAUCAAGUCAUGAAGGCUCUUAAGGCUAGGCUGCAAAAGAGACUGGACGUGAUUGAGAACGAAUAUAAUUGGCGUGCAAAAGCUGCGGAUGCCUUACUCGAGGCUAACAAGGAACGGGUCAAUAGUAACUUCCAUGAUAAGUCCCGACAUAUCAGAGAGGAGCAUCUCCUCGCUGCUCAAGGGAGCUAUAUGGCCUUUGUGGAACAGUGUCGCCAGGCAGAGGACGACGACCACACUGAGACCGACGAAUCAGGAUCAGAAGCAGACAUUGCUCCUCGUCGACGUUCUGUUCGCGGAUUCAAUAGUUCUUUUGUCAGAGACCCCAAGGGUGCCGCACUCUAUGAACGGGCUGCUUAUGGGUGGGAAGACUUUAUACAGCGAGCGAAAAUCGAAAAUGAUAUUUCUCCUCAAAUAAAGGAGAUAACCCAAGAAGCACGGCCACCAGUUCUUGUCAGCGACAGAAUCUCACAGCUUACGGAGGCGUUAACCGAACUUUGCCAGCGCGAAGAAGAUCGGACGUCUGAGGGGAAACCUUCUAAUGCAAUGCCUGUAGAACCUCCUACGGCGCUGAGUACUCUUGCCGAUGUCGCUAUGGGAGACAUUGGCCAGCGGCCAGCGCAACAGCCCGCAUAUGGGCCUCCCUUACCAGGCCCGCAGCUUGCGCCCUUCCGCAACCUUCCUGGUGUUACUCAAGAGCUUCCCCCGCAGCCAUAUCACCCUCCACUUCAGCAUCAACCACCACGACUGUCAACAGACCAACAUUCCCGCGGACUACACAGAACAAUACUUCCCCAGCCUGUACUCGGCCAGAUGAUACCGCCAACAGACCCGCGGUCUUUCCUCCCACCUCCGACUCAGCACCAACCGGCCCCACCGCCACCUCCACCUGACUCCCAACGCGGAUUACCCAACCUCCCACGCCGCAUCCUCCCCGCCUCAAGUCGCUACCCUUCCAUCCCCCAUCUAAAUGAACUCCCUGACCCAUUCUCCUCUACGCAUCCGCACCUGCCCCCACCACCAAGUAUGGCAUAUCACCCGGGACCCUAUCCUCCCCACUGCCCUCCGCCACAUGUUGCGCAUGGCCCUCCUCCCCCGCCGCCACAAUACAUGCACGCGCCGAUUGGGCAUGUAGCGCUAGGCCCGCCCUACCAUCACGCGAUUUACGGACACCCGCCACCUCCACCUCCACCACUCCAUCCGGGCUCACAACACCCAGCGACGCACCACCAACAUCAACAUCAACAACAGCUCCAACCGCACCACCAACCACUUCCCCUCCCUCGCCCGCAGAAUGCACACCCGUAUCAGCAGCAGUACCCCCAACAUCAACCACAUCAACCACAUCAACCACAUCAACAUCCCCUUCCGCAGCCUCAGCCACAACCGCAACCGCAACUACAACUACAGCCGCAGCCGCCGCAAUCGCAAUCCCAUGAGCGCACCCCUCCGCCGCCAUACCAUGAGUAA